GGGACGCAUAAUAUGUGGGUCUUAACAUUUGUAUUGGCAAUAGAAAUUGUUGGACUUCUUCAUGGUGUAAGACAAAACGUUGCUCUUAAUAAAGAGAGUAGACAGAGCACAACAUACCAUGAUAGAAACUUAACAGGGAUAGCCGCUCUUGCUAAUGAUGGUGACACAUAUCAACAUUAUGAAAUUACCAAUGUGAAAGUAUUUUGCAGCCAUACUUUGGUAAAUCAACAGGAACAGUGGUGGGCAGUUGAUCUUGGUCAGACGUAUAACAUCAACAGUGUGACCAUCUAUAACAGAAUAGACCAUAAACCUGAGCGUUUGGCCAAUAUCUAUAUACUUGUCUACAAUCCAAUGGUUCACACAUGACAAUCUUACGAUCAGGAACAAAGCCAACUCUGUUUUUAUCACAAUGGUCAGGUUCCAAGGAUUUUUAGUUCGUCCUGUAAUACAAAGGUUCAAGGACGAUUUGUGGAGAUUUACAUGGAUGCAUCUCCCGGCUCCUGCUUAACUUUGUGUGAAGUAGAAAUUUACACUGAAAAGAAUAUUAAUGAAGGAUCAUUCUGUAAACAACUCAACAAAAUACCCGUUGUAGCCCUCGACCGGAAGUUGGAAAAUAUACCCGUUUAUAUAUGUGCUAUCGUCUGUAGGAAGACAGGAGAAUGUAUUGGGUUCAGUAUAGAGGACGAUAACACAUGUUCCCUAAUCAAAACGAGUAAAUAUGUGGAUACUAGUAAUGACGAGUACUAUGAAAGAUGUUGAUCAACGAUUUGUUCUUUGUGCGACGAAUCAGCAGUUUUAAAUUUAAAUUCAUGGACUGCAGAUAACAGAUUCAAUAUUUUUUUUAAUGAAAAAACCUUAAUAUGUAUU